UCUCUCUCUCUCUCUCAAAAGAACAGCGCGCUCCCCUCCCCCCUAUUCCUCUCAUUCUUUCUCUGCAAGUUAGGAUUAAAUUAAAUUUAUCUCUCAAAAAUAUUUGCACAUUUCGAUUUGUAUUCAUACUUCAAAGAAUUAGAAAGUGCAAGCUUACAAAACCUUACAGACAAUUUUUUAUCAUAUCAAAUUGUAAUUUUUAAGUCACCAUGAAACACCAAGAGCUCAGCCUCCACAGAAGCACCAGUACUACUUCCAUAUCAAGAAGCACUUCAAGAAAGAUCAUCCCAUCCAACCACUUCAGAUCUUCACCAUCAACUCUCCCACUUAACCAUCUUCAAAACGACGACGUCCCCAACAACCUUUUGAUUCCGAAACACCACUCUCUAGUCUCCUUCCACCACCUAUCCAAAACCCAAACAAAGAUCACCUCCCUCCUCCGCUCUUUCCUCAGCUUCCUCUCCUUCCCCAUCAUUAUCCCGACAUGCAAGGGGCUCGCCCUCCCCUCCAACCUCUCCGUCACCCCCUCCCUCGGCCGAAAAGUCACCGGCACGCUCUUUGGAAACCGCCGUGGUCACGUCAGCUUCGCCGUUCAGCUGGACCCCCGGUCGGAGCCGGUCUUGCUUCUCGAGCUAGCCAUGUCAACGUCUUCACUCGUUAAAGAGAUGUCUUCGGGGCUCGUGCGCAUUGCUCUCGAGUCUGAAAAGCAACAGGGUUCCGCCCGUGCAGUUAUGAAUGGCCGGAAGCUGUUUCAGGAGCCUUCAUGGACUAUGUAUUGUAAUGGGAGGAAGUGUGGGUAUGCGGCGACUCGCACGUGCGGAGAGUCAGACUGGCACGUGCUGAGCACUGUUCGAAGUGUUUCGGUCGGAGCCGGCGUGAUUCCGGUGUUGGACGACGGAAAAAAGGGUGGCGCGUCUGAAGGUGAGUUGCUUUAUAUGAGAGCUAGGUUUGAACGAGUUGUGGGAAGCCUUGACUCGGAGGCCUUUUACAUGUUGAACCCUGAGGGUAAUGGAGGUCCUGAACUCAGUAUCUUUUUACUCAGAAUAUGAGUGUGAAGAAAAAUAAAAGGAAAAGAAAUUAAAUUAUUGGUAAACAGAAAUAUAUUGUUUUAAGGAAAAGAAAUUAAAUUGUUGGUGGUCGGAAAUAUAUUGUUUUUAGGUGAUUUAAUCGCAACUUGCAAAGUGAAUGCUAGCUUAGUGACUACUUUUAUGUGAUAUUACAGCUUUAAAAAUGUAAGAACAUGUGAUUUUGUAUCUUA